AUGUCGUGGAAGAGGAAUUAUUUUGCGUCGGGCAGCGGAGGAAGAGGAGGGAUGCCGGGAAUGUUGACGCCUCGCACCAUGACGUCCAUCGCUCCCAGUAAAGGUCUGAGCAACGAACCGGGACAGAACAGCUGCUUCCUGAACAGCGCCCUGCAGGUUUUGUGGCAUCUCGAUAUCUUCCGUCGUAGUUUCCGUCAGCUGACGACUCAUAAGUGCAUGGAGGACUCGUGCAUCUUCUGCGCUCUGAAGAGCAUCUUCGCUCAGUUUCAGUACAGCAGUGAGAAAGUUCUACCGUCCGACGCUCUCCGCAGCGCUCUCGCUAAAACCUUCCAGGACGAGCAGCGAUUCCAGCUGGGCAUCAUGGACGAUGCUGCAGAGUGCUUCGAAAACAUCCUGAUGAGGAUUCACUUCCACAUCGCAGACGAGACCAAAGAAGACAUCUGCACAGCGAGACACUGCAUCCCGCACCAGAAGUUCGCCAUGACGCUCUAUGAACAGUGUGUUUGCAGCAACUGUGGAGCUUCAUCAGACCCUCUGCCCUUCAUUCAGAUGGUUCACUACAUCUCCACAACCUCGCUGUGUAACCAAGCGGUGAAGAUGUUGGAGACGAGAGAAAAGGCGACACCCGGCAUGUUUGGCGAGCUGCUCCGAAACGCCAGCAUGGGAGACCUACGCAGCUGUCCUAGUCAGUGUGGUCAGCAGCUCAGAAUUGCUCGUGUCCUCCUCAACAGUCCAGAGAUCAUCACCAUCGGUCUGGUUUGGGACUCUGACCACUCGGACCUCGCAGAAGACGUCAUACAUACUCUGGGAACCUGCCUGCGCCUCGGGGAUUUGUUUUACAGGGUGACAGAGGAGAAGGCCCGUCAGUCGGAGCUCUACCUGGUCGGCAUGGUGUGCUACUACGGGAAACAUUACUCCACCUUCUUCUUCCAGACGAAGAUCAGACGAUGGAUGUACUUUGACGACGCACAUGUGAAAGAGAUCGGCCCAAAGUGGAAGGACGUGGUUUCCCGCUGCAUUAAAGGUCACUACCAGCCUCUGCUACUGCUGUACGCCGACCCCCGGGGCACGCCGGUGUCAGCGCAGGACCUGCCCCCCCGACUCGACCUCCACCACCUCAACAAGGCCGGCUACGACAGCGAAGACUCGGGCCGCGAGCCGUCCAUCUCCAGCGACACUCGCACUGAUUCAUCGACGGAGAGCUACUCGUACCGACAGCCCUCCCACUCCCACCAUGAGUCCCUGGCCAGUCACUACUCCUCCGACUCCCAGGGAACCGUCAUCUGCAUCGAACACGCCGACCGACCGCUGCACGCCUCGCUCUGCAGCCUGGAUACCGUAGGCCACGUGACGGACGCGGAGCAGCACCAGUCUCCGAGGAGGGGAGGCGGGGCCAGGGAUAAGAGGCGGAGCUCUAGUCGCCCCCGACGAUCUAAACCCGACAACGAAGCCUCGUCGGCCGGUUACCACAGCGAGGGAGAAACUUUAAAGGAGCAGCAGGUUCCUCGUCACCUCCCCAAACCUUCCUCCUCCUCCUUCUCCUCCACCAGCCGCCUGCGUGACUUCAAAGAGACGAUGAGCAACAUCAUCCACAGCCGCUCCCUCUCCUCCUCCUCCUCCUCCUCUUUACCGGCUGCCGUCCUCUCCUCUGAAAUCACCUCCACCUCUAACAACCACCACCCCCACCCAGCCUCCUCUUCCACCACCACUGCUGCCACCUCCUCCUCGUCCUCCAGUAAACCUCAGGACUGGGAGGCAGAGAGCACCAGCAGUGAGUCCAAAUCCAGCUCCUCAGGAGGCGUGGGGGGGAGGUGCCGGCCGGCGUGGAGGCCUCGGAGGGAGGUGCUGAACAUUGACAGCAUCUUCACCCGGGAGAGGCGCAGGCAGGCGGGUUACAGCCCCCUCGACGCCUCCCUGCCCGACGACAGCGGAGCCUCAGAGGGAGCGGGCGCCUCCUCCCUCUCCGCCCAGCAGGAGGCGCCGAUCGUCAGGCCCGGCUCCUCCUGGACUCUCCCCUCAUCCGCCCACAGAGCAGGAGGAGGAGUGAGAGCGGGAGUAGCGGACCUGCCUCCUCCUCCUCCUCCUCCUCCCAGGCUGAUCCAGAGGAUGGAGAGCGGCUAUGAGAGCAGCGAGAGGAACAGCAGCAGCCCCGUCAGCCUGGACCUGAACCAGACAGACAGGGAGGGUGCUGCAAAGAAGCCUUCAACCUCCUCCUCGUCAUCAUCAGGCCCGUCAUGGAGGAACAUCAGGUUGAAGAGCAGCGCCUCUCUGCUGCAGGAGAGCAGCUCGGCCAGCAGGGGGAGCCUCGCGCCCCCCGCAGGCCGCAGUGAACUGGACGAGCUGCAGGAGGAGGUGCUGCGGAGAGCGAAUGAGGAGGAGCAGCAGCGGCAGAAGGAGAAGGAGAAAGAGGCAGCACUCGGCUUCAACCCGAGACCCAGCAAGUACCUGGACCUGGACCAGCUGCAGAUCCAGGGUAAAGGUGACAGUUUCGAGCGCUGUGUGUCAGAGGCGGAGCUCCUACUGGACCAAUCGGUGCGUCUGGAGCAGGCGGGCGAGGUUGCCGCUGCGCUGUCGGCGGUCAACGAAGCAGUCUCUAAACUGCGGCCGGCGGCUGAGGGCUGUAGUCACAACCGGCUGCAGCGCUGCAUGAGGAGAGCUCGCAGCCUGCAGCAACGCAUGCAACUGCAGCAGCAGCACAACUCAGAGGCAGGCAGCUCGCAACCAGAGCUACAGCAGGAGGAGGGGCAACAGCUCCCGGAACAGCCCAGUGAAAAGCCUCUCUCGCUCCAAAUACUUCUGACGGACAGACUGGGCGACCAAUCAGCUGCCAGGCGGGACCAGCAGGACCCGCCUCCUCCCCCCCUCCCUGACUCCGCCUCUCGCCCCCUGGCCCCUACAGGUUCACCCGGGGAGGACCGCAGGGCCCGGGGCCCCUGCUCUGGCAUUGUGAAACCCCUCAUCAACGCCAGGUCCCUCCCUGCUCUGAGCGUGGACACCUGGGAACACGGCUCCCUGGGAGACCUGCCCCUGCCCCCCCCACCUGAGGAGGCGGAGCUCCAAACUCAGUGGAGCGCAAUGACAUCACAAGCCCUGCCCCCGCCUCCCUGCAGGACCCCGUCACCUGUCGACGGGUGUCACCUGAUGGAGGUGGAGUCAUAUUACAGCAGACACCCACAGCCCAUACCCCCACCCAGGGUAGCCUCGCCCCCCCCCACCUACCCAACGAGGAACUGGUCCUGUUUACACAUGGAGCCCCCCGAUGCUGUCGAUUCACCAAUCAGCUCACCACUUUACCCCCCCCCAGACUCUGCCUCCGAUCCCCCGCCACCCCCCAGGCCAGGUCUAACCACCUCGCCCCCCCCUAGGCCGGGUCACACCACCUUGCCCCCCCCUCCCAGUCAGGACUACAGAGCAGCGCUCCCGGUGGAGCGUUGGGCCGAGAACGUCAACAGAUACUACGGCUCCCAGAAUGCAUCAGAAGUGGGGGGAGGGGGGUUAGGGGGCGAGGAGGCGGAGCUUGGCGAGGAGCUGUCGGAGCUGGACUCUCUGUACCAGGCCAGUCUGUUGGCUCCCAGCAUGCACCGGGGCAGCCGCGGAGUCAGCCCGCAGCCAACCAGCAACAAAGCAGGUGUGAGGAGGAUGCUGUCAGGAUCUGGACGCUCUAAAACCCCGACGGCAGAGAUCGAGAGACACGCCUACAGAACACCUGUGAAGGUAAACAGCUGAGUGUGUGUGUGUCUGCCUGUGUCUGAAGACGAGAGCUACAGCGCAGAGAACCUGCGACGUAUCGCUCGCAGUCUGAGUGGAACCGUCAUCGGGUCUCGAGCCCAAAACCUCAGCUCCUCCCACAGCUUUGACUCCUCUGUAUCCAGACCCCCCCUCAGACACUCCUCCUCCUCCUCUUCCUCCUCCACUCUCCCCCGUCGCCCCAGCACCUCCUCCCUGCACCUCCCCUCUGCUCCCUCCACCCCCUUCAUCCCAGAUCACCCCCACCAGCACCUCCUCCUCCCCAACCACCACCACCACCACCAGCAGCACCUCCUCCGGCAGCACCUCCCCCGUCUCCUCAACCACUCAGCUCCUCCACCUCCUCCACAGCACCUCCACCCCCCCCUGCAGACAUCACGGCCCCCCAGCUCCAGCACCUCCUCCUGGGGACACUCAGGUGUGCAGCAGCAGCAGGUUCUGGAUGUGUCUGACAGGUAUUCGGGUGCAGCAGGAAGUGAAGGCGUCCACAACGUCGCGAUGAGUUACGGCACGCUGCCUCGCGCUCCUCGCAGAGCUCCUCACCCCUCCUCCUUCUCCUCCUCCACCUCCUCCUUCUCCUCCACCUCCUCCCUCCCACGGCCCAGAGCCAGCUCCACUCCCGCCCCCCCACCAGGUCCUCAGAGCAUAUACGCCACCCUGACUCACCCCCGCCGCUCUGCCGCCAACAAUCACUACCGCCAACCGUUGCCGGGGGAGACCCCUGCCCAGCCACUGCGCCUGGACGUCCCACCGGAGAGCGACUGGCGGCGUGACGCAGACUACAGGACUCAGAGCUCCACCUGGGACCCCCGCUCCUCCCGCAUCCAUCAGUUCCUGCAGAGGAGCAAGCCAACCCCCCCCGCCCGGCUCCACAGGACCCCCCCCCUCUGCUCGCUGUGCCAGCAGCUUCCUGCGCAGCCACCGCGCCCCUACUGCCCGUCCUGCAGCGCCUACGUGGCCCGAUUCCACCCAGCCAGCUGAUUGGAUCGUCAGGCCCGAGGAUCGCCGCCAGGACCCCCGACACCCCCCCUCAGACCCCCCCACAGUGACCCUCUCAGCAGUUUCAGUUUAUUUUAUUUAAAACGUGCCACCGCUGAAUGAAGCUCUCUGAUUGGCUGCUGACCUGCAGCUCAGCAGUCUGCUCUUCCUCCUCCUCCUCUUCCUCAGUCACAUGGAGUCACUGAAGUAUGAAACUCAGUUGUUUUUCUUCUCUGCUGCAGUCACG